CGAUCGCAACAACAACCUCAACAACAUUGACAACAAUCUCAACAGCAACAUUGGCAACAGCCUUAACGGCAACCUUAACAACAGCAACCUCAACGACAACAGCAAACUUAACAACAACUUUACCAACGAUCCCACCCCCACGUCCACCAACGUCCUCGUAUUCCAGAGCUCCCUGUCUCUACUAAAUUCCUCGUCCACCCGUGACCCCCGUGACCCCCCCGCCCCUCCCCCAUGUCGUCUCCACGUGCAGGAUCUGCCUGUGCAGUCCCAAGAGGUGUGGUUGAAACUGGAGCCACGCUCGGACCGCUCGCUCGUGAGCGGAGAGGUCAGCGUCUCCGUGUCCUUCAUCACCAGCCGGAGAGACACACCACUGUCCGCCCAGGGGGGGUCCAAGGUGGACGUCUUCGAGAAACUUCUCUCCACCUUCGUCGAGUACGAGCACAGGACGGUGGCUGGGGGUUGGCUGUCAGGGCUGUCCACAGACGCGAUGGGGUUCCUGUCGCUCUACACCUCUCAGAGCGACGUUUCUCCCUUCCAGCAGAGCAUCACCGUGUGGCUGAAGUACGCGAGGAUGCACGGCUGCGGGAGACGCGUCGAGUUCCGCAUCCUGGAAGCCGCUCUGCUCGACAUGGAGAAGGACUGGGACGCCCAGAAAGCCUACGAGCGCGCGGUGGAGUUGCUGGACAGUGUCCAACACUUCGUCGGACAGAGCCUGCGGAUGCUGGAAGAUCUCCUGUCCAGUUUCCCUCCCGAUAACCCCGCGUCGACUGACCGGCUCACUUACCUGCUCAGGUGCGUCUGCUUCGUCUACAAGUCACGCGUCUGCCAACCCCAGCAUCUUCCCUGCAGCGAUGCCCGUGCAGCGAUCACCGCCGCAUUGAAGAGAGGGAUUGAAGACCGCUACCUGAACUUGAAGCAGAGCAUGCAGAAUGUGGCGGAGGACCUGGUACGGAUGCUGACCCUGGCGAAGGAGGUGGUGGGUGCAGUCCGCUCGCUCAGCGAGAAGUACAGUGAGGUGUUUGCCAGCACGUGCGAUGUCCCGCUGGCUCUCAUCAUGCACCAGCAAGCCGGUGACCUGCUUGGCCCCGAUGUGCGCGCCACGAUGCGUGGUGUGAGCGACGCCCUGGGCACCGGCGGCACCACCGGCGGCACCGCUCCGAGCGCUCACACGGCCGAGACGACGCUGCGUCUCUACCUCGUCGUGCUCACGCUGCGCACCGACACGGAGCGGCUGCGCGGAGCGGGAGCGCCGGCGGCGGUCGAGGUGGCGGGCCCCUCGGCGGCGCCGGGCGCCCUCGACGCGCUGCACGAGUGGUUCUCGGGCGUCUUCUGGAGCUGGUUCCACGUCAUGGGAAGCAAAGUGUCCUCCGUGAUGGACCAGGCGGUGGAGGCCGACACGCUGACGCCGGAGAUGGCCGGUGCCAAGCACAGCAGCUCGGCCGUCGACUCGGCCAAGUGCUUCCAGGACUACUGCGAGCUGUGGCAGCAGCUGCGCUGGCCCCAUCCCACCAAGACGCAGUCCAAGAUCGUGGACGGCAUCAGCAAGUCGGCCAUCGGCUACGCCCAGCUGGUGUCGCGGAAGCUGGCCGGCCUCGGCUGCCCGGAGGCGGCGGCGGUUGCGGCCGGCGGCGGCGGCGGCGGCGGCGGCGGCGGCGGCCUGCGGCGACGCUCCAUCAUGGCCGGGCCGGUCGCCCUGGCCUUGACGGCAGAGGCGGUGACCACGCUCGCCCGGCAGUACUGCAUCGGCGUGAACAACGUGGAGCUGGUGUGGGCCUCGCUGUCGGCGCUGCCCGAGCAGUGGUCGUGGUCGGGGCUGAGCGAGGCCGAGGUGGAGACGGCCCGGCGGAUGCUCCGCGCGCAGCUCCACGACACGGAGGGCCGCCUCGACGGCCCCAUCGGGGACGUCCUGCGCCGCCUGCGUGAGAUGAUCCUGGCAGUCACCCGGACAAACCUGCUGGCCGUGGGCGCUAGCAACAUCUCCUCCAGCCACCAGGCCAUCGAGUCUCUCUCGGACUUCCUCAACAAGACCAUUCGUGUCCUCUUUGAGACGCUUAGCAACGAUCGCUUCCAGAGGCUGUUGGAGGAGCUGUGGACGAGCACGGUGCUGAUGCUCGUGGAGAUAGUUUCCGAGAAGAAGCCACGCUCCAUCGACUUCUACUCCAGAAUGGACCUGGCCGCACAGGCGCUGUUGGAUAUUUACAAUCCCAGCGAUCGGGGCCAUGCUCCUGUCUCCCUGGAGCUCAAGGAGUUUGUGGAGCUGGACCGGGAGCUGAAGCUGAAGAUGACUCAGACUGCGGGGCUCGUUGUGCAAAUACUGCAAAGGCGAUGCAGCGAGCAGACGUCGUCCCUCCAGAGGAGGUCGUUUGGGAGCCUCGCCCUGAAGUGCCUCUACGACCACGGGCGACAGCUCCUCGUGGUGGAGGUGCUCAACGUGGCCCUUCCCGGCGGAGACGACAAGGGGCAGAUCCGGCCGAUCGUGAAGAUUCGUCUCCUGCCACGCUCCACGUUCGGAGACGUCAAGGCCAGGAGCACGCGGGCCGGGGAGAGGGGAACGCACAUCCUGGUGGACGAGACGCUCAGCUUCAAGGUGAGCCGUGAGCAGUGUGCCUCUCCUGGCGCCUGUGCUCUGUGCACGGUGCGCAACCACGGGGGUCUGCGCGCGGCACUCGUAGGGGAGGCAGCCCUGGCGCUGUCCGGAGUCCCCGGGGUCCACGGGCCGCCCGCCCCCGACCCUCGCUCCGUGCCGCAGGUGGCGCUCGCGCUGCUGCACCCGCGGCCCAGCGACGCCGAGGCCGAGAUCCUGGCCGUCCUGCUGGGCCGUGCCUCGGACAGCGAGGCACAGGAAUUCGCAAAGGCCUACAGGGCGGCCGAAUCCCAGUGCCUGCACCCGGCCACCUCCCCAUGAGCGGUGCUGGGGUGGUGGCGGGGGGGA